CGCAACUACCACCCCCAAGCUACCGCCGCCACUACACCCCCUCUAUACUCGUACAGUCCAUCUUGUACUCCUACACUUGAUCCUCUAUUCUCCAUAAUAUCAAUAAAUGAAAUCGUAACUGCAACUUCUCUCCUGCCCAUUCACUCAACUCACCGCUGCGAAGACGAAGACACUCUUACUCGCCACUGUCCCGCCGUAUCUGAUAUAGCUACACGGCACGUUGUCCCGCUUCUUCUAUCCGUCUCGCACCUGCAACCGACAGCAAUCGUGCAUGCGCCUGCCCUUUGUUGUCACCGCCACCUGCACUUGUUCCGCGGCCUCAUAUCUGAUGUCGGACGGCUCGGACUCUCCAGAACCCGAUCUCGAAGAGACAACUCGCUUUCUACAGGAUAGACUGGGUGACGACGCCUCCUUGUACGACAUCAGCCCCUCGGGCGAAUUAUUCAGAGCUAUAAGCCGCUUCAACAACCGCACCGCACGACUGGCACAAGUGCUGGGUGAACUCGACAGAACCGCAGAAGAGGCACACGCCACGAGACUGCGGGUAGAACAGCUCCGACGAAGCAUGUCGUCGUCAAACAACCUCCGCGACCGGGUGAGGCGGCAGCGUGCGAGGCUAGUAGCAAACCGCUUGGGCUCGACCGGCGGUGCGCCUGGAAUCGAUGUAGCGCCCCCUGGCUAUACUGCGAACCCUUCGGUACCACCCCAGGGAUCCGGUCCUCCACCUCGACCUCGCAUGACUGAGAGUGGCCGUCUUUUGGAAGUACACCGCUCUUUGACAGAAGGGAGGCGGCGUAGCCCAACGCUUGCCAGCCUUGAGGAGAUGUAUCAGAGUGGACAGCAACUACAGCAAGCGAUGUCACAGACGCGCAGUCGAUUCGAAGCACCAAGGAUUGAACAACUACUUGCGCCGGCACAAGAACAGGGUGACGAGAACAGUCGAGCUUUCAAGCGGAGAAGGCUAGGUUCACCUGUUACAGAGUCACGCAUCCCCGCAGUUAACUAUGGGUAUUAUGGACAGGUCGAGCCUGGAAAACUCAACAUGGAGAUUGAGUUCUGUGACGGAGGCACGUUCUCAGAGGGCUCGGAACGAGACAGCAUCAUAUACGGCGCAGCAAACGUGCUGAAAACGGACAACUCCGUGUACUCCACCAAGAGCAACCGCUGCAAUCUAGUGCUCAAGCACGAGGGCGAUAGGCCCUUCUGCCUCAAGGAGAUCAUCAUCAAAGCCCCACCACGGGGUUACACAGCGCCAGUCCAAGAAGGCAUGGUAUUCAUCUCCAUGGACGCCGACGACCUCCUCACCCGCACCACCAAAUACCAAAUCCAAUACCUCCCAACCCCCCAUCGCCGCAACGCCCGCGGCAACCCUGUGGCCGCCGCCCCCGUCAUCUCCAUCCGCCACAACGACGACGGCUCCACCACCGCCACCCGCCAAUCCCCCACCGUCUACACCGACGGGUCCGCAUACUCCCGCCCCGCCGCCCAGAUCCCAACCGACUUCACCGACCCCGCCUGCACGCCGCCCUUCCGCGUCACAACCUCCUGCAGCUCCGACACCGAGUCCGACGCCGGAUCGUCGACCUCCUCGCGCCGCUACCAGCGCGCUAAUCGCAAUCGGGCGCGCGAACGCCGCCGCGAGGAGCGCGAGCGCAUGGGUCACGCGCUGAUGGAGUAUGGGGAGACUAGCUCGGAGGAUUCUGAAGAGGAGCCACCUGCGCCUAUCGAGCUCGAUUGGACAGACGAGGUUGGCGACUGGGGUGCCGCGCCGCCGCCGCGGUCGAGAUCGCGCUCGGGAUCCCGGGGCGCGAGACGCAGUCAGCCGUCUGUGGUGUCGCUGGGGCUGGAGAAUGCGAUUGAGGCUGCUGAUGAGGCGACGGAGGAGGCGGUGAAGGCUGUUGAUGGGAGGGGGAGCGGGCAGGGGCUUAUGGCGCCGCAUGCGAGGUUUUUUAUUGAGAGGGAUAAGAGUCGCUGCCGGCUGGUGUUUGAGCCGGAGGUUAGUGGGAGGUAUAUCUUGUUGAAGAUGUGGAGUCCGGAGGUGGGGGCGGAUGGGAAUAUUGAUAUUCAGAGUAUUGUUGUUAAGGGGUGGUGUGGGGGGAGGUGGUUCCCGAAAGUUACUUUGAGGUAG